AUGGUUGCAUGUAGCUGGUUGUGUGAAAGAAGGAACAAGGAGGAAGCAUGCGAGGUGUCGAAUCCAAAAAAGGGUAGAAAGUUCAAGAAUUUUAUUUGGCAAUUGAAUUGCCCAAGUAAGAUUAAACAAUUUAUGUGGAGGGCAUACAAGAAUAUUCUCCCUACGAUCUACUGCCUUAAGCUUAGGAAAAUUCCCAUAGAGGAUGCAUGUGGGGUGUGUGGAAAGGUGGAGUCUUCAGGGCAUGCUCUGUGGGAUUGUGAGGUGGCUGGGGCUAUUUGGAGGGAGUCAAAACUACCUUUGCCUAGUUUCAAAACUUCACUGUGUGACUUCAUGGAUGUUGUGUGGGAGAUUUGGGAAGAGAAGAGGGAGAUCAUUUGGGAGUGUUUUGCUACUACAGCAUGGUGUAUAUGGAAGAAUAGGAACUCCUUAAAGUUUGAAGGUCGGGGCAAGGCAGUGAAGACACUUGUCAAGGAAGCCAAGUUACUGGUGGAAGAAUUCAGUUCAAAAAAAAUAAAAGAAAAACAACCUAUGCUGUCGAGAACUCAGGCCUGGAGUCCUCCUAGUGAGGGGUGGUACAAAGUUAACGUGGAUGGGGUGGUGUUUAGGGAGUCUAACAGCUGUGGAAUUGGAGUUGUAAUUCGAAAUGUCCAAGGCCAAAUUAUGGGUGCUAUGAGUAAAAAGCUGAAUCUACCUUUAGGGGUUGUAGAAGUGGAAGCGAAAGCGUUUGAGGAAGGUUUACAGCUAGCAGGGGACCUUGGGCUUAAGCAAGUAAUCUUGAAAGGUGAUGCUCAGAUUGUCACCAAUGCUCUGUUUGGUAAAUGCUUGCCGCCAACUUCAAUCCAAAUGAUUAUUACUGGAGCUAGGCGAUGGAGGCAUACGGUCCAGGAAUGGAAGGUUAGCUAUGUCCGUAGAACAAGAAAUUAG